CUCACUUGGCCAUUAUAACCUUGCACUUCAUUUACAUUAUUUUAUAGUUCGAGGUUUCCUCGACCAGUCUAGCAAUCCAUGCAUAGUCUUUCCUUGUCCUCCAUGAGAUGAGUCUCAUAUUUGUGUAGAGAUCUUCUUUCAUCAUGCCUUCCAUAAAGAGCAUUGCAAUAAUUGGAGCUGGGCCUGCUGGUGCAAUCGCAGUCGAUGCGCUGGCCCAAGAACAAGUCUUUGACACCAUUCGAGUGUUCGAGAGAAGAGAGAAAGCGGGAGGAUGCUGGAUUGAGGAUCCCGAGGACCAUGUCCAACAGCUUCCAGACCUGGACAAGAUUGCAGCCCGGAAGCCAGAUGAGACUGUUCCAAUCCCUACACAACUCCCUACUACGGCCCCUCGAAACAAUCAAUAUAGAUUUUCUGAAACAUCGAUAUACCCUGCGUUGGAGACCAACAUUGACGCGUUUGCUAUGUCCUUUUCUCAAGAACCAUUUCCCGAAGAUAGAACGCCACUCAAUGUCCGACGGCAUGGAGAGAAUUCACCAUUCCGCCAUUGGAAAGCUGUUGAGGGUUACAUACAGGGACUUUUAAAUCGCCGCGGUUACCAAGACCUAGUCAGUUAUAACACAACGGUGGAGCUCGUUGCCAAGGACCAGGCAUCUGGUAAAUGGAUUGUUACAUUGAGACAACCGCUUGAGAACGGACUCGAGGACCGAUGGUGGGAAGAAACUUUUGAUGCAGUUGUUGUAGCUCCGGGCCACUAUACUGUUCCCUUCAUACCCUAUACCCCCGGCCUUACCGAGCUUCUGAGAAACUUUCCGGGAAGUGUGGAGCAUAGCAAGGCAUGGAGGGGUCCCGAGAAAUAUCGGGGCAAGCGGACAGUGGUGGUAGGAGCCAGCAUCUCGGGGCCUGACAUUUCAUUUGCACUUGCAGAUGUUGCUGAAAGGCCAUUACACUGCGUUGUGAGGGGCAAAUACCACCCAUAUUUCUUUGAUUUUGCCUUUCAACAUCCAAACAUCUUCCGCCGACCGCCAAUCACCCAUAUCACCUCGAACAUCCAGACCAAUGAGAGAACCGUACAUUGUGAGGACGGUACGAGACUAGAGAACGUGGACCACAUAAUCUUCGGCACUGGAUACACGUGGACUCUUCCUUUCCUCCCCAAUCUCGCAGAAACCAUCCGCAACAAUCGUCUUCCAAACCUUUACCAACAUGUUUUCUGGCGCGAGGACCCCACUCUCUGUUUCGUAGGAGCCAUUGCGGCAGGUUUCACAUUCAAAGUCUUUGAAUGGCAAGCCGUGCUCGCUGCCAGGUUCCUCGCUGGACGAAUCACAUUACCUCCUAUCGAACAGCAGAUCAAAUGGGAAGAAGAUCGUAUUAACUACAAAGGUGAUGGAGUCCCUUUCACGGCUCUGUAUCCAGAUUUCGAUGAGUAUUUUGAGGAGGUGAGGAAGAUGGCUGGGGAACCGAAGGAUGGGAAGGGUAGGCCGUUGCCGAAGUUCGAGAAGAAGUGGAGGGAGGAUUUUGAUGCUGCUCAUUUGUUGAGGAUUGCGAUGUGGAAGAGAGGGAAUGAAGAAGCUAGAGAAAGAAUUAGGAGGGAGAAAGGGUCUGUAUGA